AAAAUAAAGGAGUAAGAAUAUUCGUUGAAUAUGGACUUUCUCGCUUUAUAUCUCAACAGGUAAAGAUAAAGUCUGAGCUAUUUUUAACUAAACCCUAUUCGUAUCAUACUUAUAAAGAACAAAAGUAAUAUCCAGCCUCGCGUUGUAAUAUCAACCCACAUAACAACAUUCAUACACAAUAACUCAAUCUUAUACCUUCACCAAAAAAACGAUGGCCAUCUUCGACCCGUUUAAGCUCCGCCACAAACCACCGUCAAUUUUCCCGACGACUGUUAAAACAGGUCAUGUUUUUUCCGUCGUGGCCAAGUUCUUUUUUACCAUAUGCACCUUAAUAUCCGUUGCUAUGAUCUUCUCAUACAUCAUCUUCUCCGGUUGCUCCGAUUACCAACGUAUUGCCGACCACCGCCGCUUUGGCCGUGACAAUGUGAUCUCAACUACCAACUCCUCCUCUUCGGCCAUCGGCCAGAAAAAUCAGUCCUCAGAAGCUACCGAUAUCUCCCACAUAUUUUUCGGGAUUGGUGGCUCCAUUCAAACGUGGAGAGAACGCAGCCGCUACACUGAGCUCUGGUGGCGACCAAACGACACUCGCGGAUUUGUCUGGCUUGACGAGGAACCGCCUCUUAACAUGACAUGGCUCCCGACUUAUCCACCGUACAAAGUCUCGGAGGACACCUCCCGUUUCAAUUACACUUGCUGGUAUGGUACAAGAUCAGCUAUACGAAUGGCGAGAAUCAUCAAAGAGAGUUUUGACCUAGGGUUAACGAACGUAAGAUGGUUCGUGAUGGGUGACGACGACACCGUUUUCUUUGUAGACAAUCUUAUAACAGUUCUCAGUAAGUACGACCACAAUCAAAUGUAUUACAUCGGAGGAAAUUCGGAGAGUGUUGAACAAUCCAUAGUUCACUCCUACGCCAUGGCUUACGGUGGCGGAGGGAUUGCAAUUAGCUACCCAUUGGCUGUCGAGCUUGUAAAAAUACUCGACGGAUGUAUUGAUCGGUACGCAUCGUUAUAUGGAUCUGACCAGAAAAUAGAAGCUUGUAUUAGUGGGAUUGGUGUUCCAUUGACCAAGGAACUAGGGUUUCAUCAGAUUGACAUACGUGGCAAUCCGUACGGUAUACUGGCUGCGCAUCCAGUGGCUCCACUGGUAUCGCUCCACCACCUCGACUACGUUGACCCAAUUUUCCCGGCGUCAACACAAAUCGACGCCCUAAGAAGACUCAUAUCCUCCUACAAAACGGAUCCAAGUCGGAUCCUCCAGCACAGCUUCUGCCAUGACCAGACCCGGAACUGGUCUGUCUCCGUUUCUUGGGGCUACACUAUUCAGAUUUAUCCGUCUCUAGUCACUGCUAGAGAGCUUGAGACGCCGUUCCUUACGUUCAAGUCGUGGCGGACGUCGAGUUCCGAGCCUUUCACGUUCGAUACCCGACCCAUCAGCGAAGAUCCUUGCGAGAGACCAAUUGUUUAUUUCCUAGACCGAGUAUAUGAAGUAGGGUCGAAUCAGACUCUUACGACUUAUCGGAAGCAUGUUGAAGUGAGCGACGCGCAAUGUGAAUCUCCCGAGUAUUCUCGUGUAAGUUCCGUCGAGUUCAUCGACAUCUCUCUUGCUAAAUGGAUGCCUGCUCUCUGGAAAAUGGCACCACGUAGGCAAUCUUGUGAAAUUAUCAACGGCAAAGAAGACUCGGAAUACGUAAUCAAUGUCAAGAUACGGCAUUUUAAUCCUUUCGAAAGUGUAUCUCCUCAGUCCUAGCAUCCGAGCGAAAAUGAUCUAAAGGUUUUGAAGUUUGACAAAGUGGAUCGACUCUAUCGUCUCACCUCAAGAGGAAAUGACCGACAGUUUUCUCAAAGUUUAUGUAAUUAUUAUCUAACCUACAGUCCGAACUUGGAUAAAGUCAAAGGCACACGGAUUAUUAGUGUUUAGCAUU